CCUGGGAGACCUGCCAGCCCUUUCCAGCUUCUCCACAAGUCCCCCCCCGCAAAAAUUCCCGAGGGAAGUCGACGCUUUCUAGGACUUGAGCUUUCCUUUGUUUCUCAGCUCCGGUUUGUCGUGAAAAGGAGUUUUGGGAGCAAGCGCUCACGGCUGGCAGCCUGGCAGCCCUUCACAGAGAGGGAAACUGAGGCAUGACACGCAUAAGGGGCUUCCCCAGGGUCAGGCUGGGCCUCUGGCCUUGCGUGCACUGGAAGGGGUUUGCUGCUGGCACUGGACCGGUGCAAACGUGCAGGCUGGCCCUUCAAGGAGAAAUCACCGUUCACCGGUGUCUUGCUAUAGCCAGAUCCCCAAAUGCAAGCGGUGAUGGGGGUGAUGCCUCUCCACGGGGGGUUUUGCCUGUAGAAAACUUGUGCAAAGAAACCCCCUCUCCUGAUCGUGCUGUAUGAAUCCCAGCCUCCGUGUCAGAAUCAGCGUCUCCGUCUCCUGGACCGUCUCCGUCCUGGCCGUCGGCACGUCCCCAGCUGGUGCAGAGCUGCCCGGGCUAACGUGGGUGCUACCUGGAGCCCAGCGAGCUGCAGAUGCACCCCAGGAGCCAGCUGCAAGGACCGCAAGAGAGGUGCCAACAACUACAGGAGGUGUCUCAACCGUUCCCGGUGAAAGCACAGCUCUCCUGGGCAGCAGCAAAGCCACAGAGACCACCAGAGCAGACACCAGUAAUGUCUCACAGCGUGAAACAACAGCCACCACCCCAGCACCACUGACCACCCCUGCACUACAGGCCACCUCAGCAGCUCCCACCACCUCCUUUGCCCUUGACACCACCGCAGUGAGCCGCACACCCACGGGAGAGAUCACCGCAGGAGCCUCACACAGCCUCAGGUGGGAUGAAUUCACAACGGUAGCAGCCGGGACACAAACUACAGCCAGUGUUCCCCCUUUGCCACUUAGAUCUACGGCUGGAUCCACAACACACACAACUCCAUUAGCAACCAUCACCAUGUCAGCAUCAGCUGCUAUAACAAAUCCUCCAGCAUCAGAGGUAACAACUCUCCGGGUUACCCCCGCACCAGAGAGCACAACACCCGCAGUGAGCUCCCUGGCAGGGACAGAGACCCCCAGCACCGCCAUGGACACCUCCACCGUUGUCUUUCACACAACCGCUCCAGCCACGACAGCAAGUGCACAGUCCUCCAGGCCGGCAGCACAGACCACCAGAGCCAACGGUACGACAACUGUCUCCACUGCUUUGUACACCACCCCCAUGUCAACUGGUGCUGAACUGGAGGAAAAUACUACUGCCUUAACAGCAGCACCAACACCACCAUCAGCUCGGGUAUCCACAUCAACAGUAACACCAACACCGACGACAGCUGUAGCCCUUGAGACCUCUCCCGUGGGCACCACUGCAGCCUCCACUACCUCCGUGCCCCAGGAAAUCACAACUCUGGUGUCUCUCCCCAGCGCCACACUUGCGGGGGCCACCAGCACCGAGCCAGAAACAACCACAGCACCCCAAAGCACCACUCCCGUGACCAGCACUGCCACCAGCACCACCACGGUGCAGGUUCCUCCUACCACCACCACAACAGCAAGUGCACAGUCCUCCAGCCCGGCAGCACAGACCACCAGAGCCACCGAUACAACGACUGUCUCCACUGCGCUGUACACCACCCCCAUGUCAACUGGUGCUGAACUGGAGGAAAAUACUACUGCCUUAACAGCAGCACCAACACCAACAUCAGCACUGGUAUCCACAUCAACAGUAACACCAACACCGACGACAGCUGUAGCCCUUGAGACCUCUCCCGUGGGCACCACUGCAGCCUCCACUACCUCCGUGCCCCAGGAAAUCACAACUCUGGUGUCUCUCCCCAGCGCCACACUUGCGGGGGCCACCAGCACCGAGCCAGAAACAACCACAGCACCCCAAAGCACCACUCCCGUGACCAGCACUGCCACCAGCACCACCACGGUGCAGGUUCCUCCUACCACCACCACAACAGCAAGUGCACAGUCCUCCAGCCCGGCAGCACAGACCACCAGAGCCACCGAUACAACGACUGUCUCCACUGCGCUGUACACCACCCCCAUGUCAACUGGUGCUGAACUGGAGGAAAAUACUACUGCCUUAACAGCAGCACCAACACCAACAUCAGCACUGGUAUCCACAUCAACAGUAACACCAACACCGACGACAGCUGUAGCCCUUGAGACCUCUCCCGUGGGCACCACUGCAGCCUCCACUACCUCCGUGCCCCAGGAAAUCACAACUCUGGUGUCUCUCCCCAGCGCCACACUUGCGGGGGCCACCAGCACCGAGCCAGAAACAACCACAGCACCCCAAAGCACCACUCCCGUGGCCAGCACUGCCACCAGCACCACCACGGUGCAGGUUCCUCCUACCACCACCACAACAGCAAGUGCACAGUCCUCCAGCCCGGCAGCACAGACCACCAGAGCCACCGAUACAACGACUGUCUCCACUGCGCUGUACACCACCCCCAUGUCAACUGGUGCUGAACUGGAGGAAAAUACUACUGCCUUAACAGCAGCACCAACACCAACAUCAGCACUGGUAUCCACAUCAACAGUAACACCAACACCGACGACAGCUGUAGCCCUUGAGACCUCUCCCGUGGGCACCACUGCAGCCUCCACUACCUCCGUGCCCCAGGAAAUCACAACUCUGGUGUCUCUCCCCAGCGCCACACUUGCGGGGGCCACCAGCACCGAGCCAGAAACAACCACAGCACCCCAAAGCACCAGUCCCAUGGCCAGCACUGCCACCAGCACCACCACGGUGCAGGUUCCUCCUACCACCACCACAACAGCAAGUGCACAGUCCUCCAGCUCGGCAGCACAGACCACCAGAGCCACUGAUACAACGACUGUCUCCACUGCUUUGUACACCACCCCCAUGUCAACUGGUGCUGAACUGGAGGAAAAUACUACUGCCUUAACAGCAGCACCAACACCAACAUCAGCACUGGUAUCCACAUCAACAGUAACACCAACACCGACGACAACUGUAGCCCUUGAGACCUCUCCUGCGGGCACCGCUGCAGCCUCCACUACCUCCGUGCCCCAGGAAAUCACAACUCCGGUGUCUCUCCCCAGCACCACACUUGCGGGGGCCACCAGCACCGAGCCAGAAACAACCACAGCACCCCAAAGCACCACUCCCGUGGCCAGCACUGCCACCAGCACCACCACGGUGCAGGUUCCUCACACCACCCCAGCAGAAAGGACAACAACAGCUGGCACCACGAUGGCAACAGUGCGCAGUACAACCGCACAUGUUACCCUCCUUGUAACUACAGCCGCUUCUACCACCCGCACCACCGCAGCACCUGAGACCAGCGAGACGGCCCAUGCCACCAUGUCGCCCUCUGGAACCACAACAGCUAGGAUGACAACUACACAGGGCACCGCUGCGCCAACCCAGAACACGACAACCACACCUUCUGAAACAAGUGCUCUAACCUGGCCCCCAAGCGCUCCCGGCAGCACGGCGCUGCAGUCACCCUCCGCGCUGCCCACCUGCCCGGCUCCUCCUGCCAACGCCGUCGCGAAUCACCUCUUGCUGUCACUGGACGUAAGCACUUCGCUCAACCUCACCAACCCCGUGGUCAGGGACCUGAUUUUGUCGAAGCUUCUCCAGGAUCUGAAGAGCAAUUUCCCCUGCACCAACUUCACCCUGCAGUGGAGGGGGGAAACGAAGGUGUGACGUGGACCUGUUGGCCGGCAGCUGGGGCAAAGCCCUCGGGAUGAGAGCAGGGGGUUUUCCUGCUGCUGCUGCCUGGGCCUGGAAGCAGAGCCCCCCCUGCCGGGCGUGGAGACCCCUCGGAGGAGACCCUCUGCGUCUGUCAGCCCAGACAGGUCUUUCCAGGGCCACAAACCUGUGUGUCCCCAAAAGCAAGCCCCAUAGGAGACUCCCCGGGGAACCCCAGAGCCGGGACCAGCAGCAACAUCUGGAUGCUGCCUUAAGGGUGAGGGUGGGGGAAGAGAGAAACCUGGUCAGUUUGGGCAGAGCGGGACUUGAACCCCGGACUCGCACACCCCAGGCGAGUGCCCUGGUUCCCGGGGUCCUGCCUGCUCCUUGGAGGCUGCUCCUUGAUCUCUGAGCCCCUGAGAUCUUGCAUGAAACAGCAGCCUCGUUUCCCCAGUGCGAGGCGCAGCCCCGAGAACGAGGAUGCCGACCGUUCCUUUGCGGGUCUGCAUGCGGCUGCAUCCCCGGCUACAAAAGAAAGGCCAGAUCCUGCCUUCCCCUGAGCAAAGAGGGGGUUUUCUGGCCAAAGGGCAUUUCUGGCCAGGGUCAGGUUGUCUAGUGCAGGUAAAACAGGCACAAGAAAACCAGACCUGGGUUCUCACGGGGGACCAGAGGUGCCAGCCUUAUGGGACACAUUCCCUGCUCCGCUGCACGUUCAUUUAUAUGCUUCAGCCCUCAAAUAAAUUCCUGACUAGCUGGUCUGCUUCUGUGGCUCCCGGAGGUGCUUGGGAGGGUUUCUGCUCCGUUUCCAGGCUACAUGUGUGUUCGAGAGGCCUGGUGCUGGGCACGUAGCCCUGGCAGGGGAAGCCUCUGUGUGCAGAUGGGCAGUAGCCAGGGCCACGGCAGUGUGAGCUCUCCUGUGCCGUCCUGCCCCAGGGCCCGCGGGAUGGUCCUUGCAGUCUACAGAGCCGUGGCGGGCAGCUCUGGGCCUCUCGUGGGACUUCCAGGACGCUGCAAUGAUGCACGGACCUCUGGGGAGGGAAGACUCGAUUCUCACCCCCACCCCGGGCCUCUGUUCUGCUGAGCCCCAGAGCAGGAUUGUGACAGGGUGGCAAAAGCCUUCCUGGUUCCUGCC